AUGGGUAGUGGAAAGUUUGGGUUCAACGGUAAAAAGGACAAAGUGGAGGAUAAGACUGAGUUUAGUGUUAAGGAAAAAUGUCGUAAAUUGAAGAAGAAACUUAAGAAGACUGAUGAAACACAGAAGACUGAAAGUGUGAAGGAGAAGACGAUUUGGUGGAAUCAAUGCAGUGGACUGAGUGAAAUCGACCAGUACCUUUGGAUGGUAGGCGGUUCAGCUGGAGCCCUGGCUCUCACGGGCGUUGCAGCAGCGUCGGCCUUCUACCUCACCACACGCCCGAAGCCUGAGAAGCCACUCGUAACAUUACACGAACAGAGCUUACUGGAACCAGGUACCAAAGUUCAAGAUAUCCAAUACAAAAACACAUUUGGCACUGCGCAUCUUCGAGCGAUAUUUUUAACUCAUUGUAGCAAGAGCAACCCUGGUGCUCUCAUGUCAGUCUCUACAGCUCUGCAGCGAAAGUGA